AACUUCUCCAACUACUUCGAGAAUUGGAUGAGUCAACUUGAAGAGUUCCUCAGGCUACUUCUCAUUGUUCCAAAGGAAAUUUCACACGUCAAAGAUCACGAAACCUUGGUAAACAAAAUGACCGCACAUCACAAAGACUACUAUACUGCCAAAUGGGCAGCGGCACACGAAGAUAUCUUGUCAUUUUUCAAUCCAGUUUGGUUAAGCCCUUUGGAAAAUGCAUACUUAUGGGUCACUGGCUGGAAGCCAUCAAUGGCCUUUCGCCUGCUAGUUGGUGCUACUUCCGAGUUGAGUGAUGAACAGGUGAAGAGUAUUGAUGCUUUGAAGGUGAAAAUUAGAGCAGAGGAAGAGAGAGUAGAAAGAGAAAUGGAAAGGCAACAAGUGGCUUUGGGAGAUAGAAAAAUGGUGGAAUUGGCAAGGUUAAAUAGCAGUACUAGAGUGAGAACAAGUGGUUGCACUAGUGACUCUCACUUAAAUAAUCAGUUGGAUGGGCUAGUAGAGGUGGCGUUGAAAGGAUUAAUGAUAAGUUUAGAGAGGGUGAUGAAAAUGGCUGAUUGCGUUAGGCUUAAGACGUUGAAGGGCUUGUUGGAUAUCUUGAAUCCUACACAGUGUGUGGGUCUCUUGGCUGCUAUUUCAAUGCUUCAAAUACAGAUGAGGAAAUGGGGCAGAAAAAAAGAAAAUCUUUGUUAGUUUGAAACUUUAAUGAAUAUUAAUAUAUUAUAGUUUUCUUGUACAAUUUGGUUAGGUUUAGCUAGUAUGAGAGUAGAGGAUGAUGUCUGUUUUCAUGAAAUUUUCUUUUAUUGGAACGGCUCUUUAGCUUUUGUUACAUAUU